ACCCUCCCUCGCCUGUAGCAGUAUAAAAACUCUGCACAGCUCAAGUUCUGUCCUUUUUUGCUUCAGCUUUUAAUUCAGGGUGGUUGCGGUAGUUGCUGGGCACAGCCGGUAAAUCGAAAUGGGAAAGGAAAAGACCCACAUCAACAUCGUGGUCAUUGGCCAUGUCGACUCCGGCAAGUCCACAACGACCGGACACCUGAUCUACAAAUGCGGAGGAAUCGACAAAAGAACCAUCGAGAAGUUUGAGAAGGAAGCUGCUGAGAUGGGUAAGGGCUCCUUCAAAUACGCCUGGGUGCUGGACAAACUGAAGGCCGAGCGUGAGCGUGGUAUCACCAUCGACAUUGCUCUGUGGAAGUUCGAGACCAGCAAAUACUACGUGACCAUCAUUGAUGCUCCUGGACACAGGGACUUCAUCAAGAACAUGAUCACUGGUACCUCCCAGGCUGACUGCGCUGUGCUGAUCGUUGCUGCUGGUGUUGGUGAGUUCGAGGCCGGUAUCUCCAAGAACGGCCAGACCCGUGAGCACGCUCUGCUGGCCUACACUCUGGGUGUGAAGCAGCUCAUCGUUGGUGUCAACAAGAUGGACUCCACCGAGCCCCCUUACAGCCAGAAGCGUUAUGAGGAGAUCACCAAGGAAGUGAGCGCCUACAUUAAGAAGAUCGGCUACAACCCGGCCACCGUUGCUUUCGUGCCCAUCUCUGGAUGGCACGGAGACAACAUGCUGGAGGCCAGUGACAAGAUGGGCUGGUUCAAGGGUUGGAAGAUUGAGCGCAAGGAGGGCGGAGCUACAGGCGUUACCCUGCUGGAGGCUCUGGACUCCAUCAUGCCACCCAGCCGUCCCACUGACAAGCCCCUCCGUCUGCCCCUGCAGGACGUCUACAAAAUCGGCGGUAUUGGAACUGUGCCCGUCGGCCGUGUUGAGACCGGUAUCCUGAAGCCCGGCAUGGUCGUCACCUUUGCUCCUCCCAACCUGACCACUGAGGUCAAGUCUGUGGAGAUGCACCACGAGUCUCUGACUGAAGCUCUGCCCGGCGACAACGUCGGCUUCAACAUCAAGAAUGUGUCCGUCAAGGAAAUCCGCCGUGGAAACGUGGCCGGCGACAGCAAGAACGACCCGCCACUGGCUGCUGAGAACUUCACCGCUCAGGUCAUCAUCCUGAACCACCCCGGACAGAUCGCCCAGGGUUACGCCCCCGUGCUGGACUGCCACACCGCCCACAUCGCCUGCAAGUUCAGCGAGCUCAAGGAGAAGAUCGACCGUCGUUCCGGUAAGAAGCUUGAGGACAACCCCAAGGCUCUGAAGUCCGGAGAUGCUGCCAUCAUCACCAUGGUGCCUGGAAAACCCAUGUGUGUCGAGAGCUUCUCCCAGUAUCCCCCACUGGGUCGCUUCGCCGUACGUGACAUGAGGCAGACGGUGGCCGUCGGUGUCAUCAAGUCCGUCGAGAAGAAAGCUCCCUCUGGAGGAAAGGUCACCAAGUCCGCACAGAAGGCCGACAAGAAGAAAUGAAUCCUCAUGCAGGACGCCGAACACCAAAUCCCCUCGUCUGAGCAGCAGCGGGCCGCCCCGUCCCCUCCUCCCUCCUCCCGCCCGGCGCUGACUUCUCUGAGGCACAGCUCUCUACUCAAGGACUGGACAAUGCUGAUCAAAGCCCAUCGCAAAAGUUUCCGCAGGAAAGGAAGGUUUGUGCCUUCACGAGGAAGCUGUGAUAUCAAUUAAAGUUCAAACCAAACAAUAAAAUUCUCAGACAUUGCCAAAUGAA